GGGGAACCGGGGCGGCGGCGGCGAUGGCGUCGAGGGGCGACGCGCGGGACCGGGAGACGCGCCAGCUCCAGAAGGCCAAGGAGAAAGCCCAGAGGAAGGGCAACCUCCAAGAAGAAGCUGCCGUCUGCAACCAGCUGGGCGAGAUCUUGGCUCGCCGUGGGCGCUUCCAGGAGGCACUGGAAGAGCACCGGCAGGAGCUGCGUCUCUUGGAGAGUGUGGAUGACGUCAUUGGCUGUGCGGUGGCCCACCGGAAAAUUGGGGAGCGCCUGGCGGAGCUGGAGAGCUAUGAAGCAGCACUGAAGCAUCAGCGUCGCCACUUGGAGCUGGCGCAGUCCCUCCACAACCACGUGGAGCAGCAGAGGGCGUGGGCCACGCUGGGCCGCACGUACAUGUUCAUGGCUGACAGCGACCCUUCGAGCGGGGCCCUGCAGGAGGCAGAGGAAGCCUUUGCGAAGAGCCUGAGUGUCAUUGAGGAAACGCUGGACGGGGAGGCGCCACCGCGAGAGGUGAGAGAGAUGAGAGCACGGCUCUAUCUGAACCUCGGCCUGGUCUAUGACAGCCUGAAGAACCCGGCCAAGUGCAGUGACUACAUCAAGAAGAGCAUCUACAUCUCGGAGCAGGCCCACCUGUCCGAAGACCUCUACCGGGCCUACUUCAACCUGGGCAACAUCCACCUGCGGGAAGGCGGGCAUUCCAAGGCCAUGCGCUGCCUGGAGAGGGCGCGGGAGUGCGCCCGCAAGAUGAAGGAGAAGUACAUGGAGAGCGAGUGUUCUGCCAGCCUUGCUCAGGUGCUGCUGAGCCUGGGGGACUUCGUGGCCGCCAAGCGUUUCCUGAAAAAGGCCUACUUGUUGGGCUCUCUGCAGCCUCAGCAGCGGGAGAGUGUCCGCCGCAGCCUGCGCUAUGCCACGAAGGUGAGUUCCCUGCAGCAGGCCUUGGAAGAGGCAGAGGCGUCCCGUGACAGGCAGGCGGCCGUGGGCCUGUGUGAGCAGUUGGGGGAUCUCUUCUCCAAAGAGGGAGACUAUCAGCGCGCCCUGGAGGCCUACAGGAAACAGCUGGGCCACGCCGAGGCCGCGAAGCGCCCAGCCCACGAACUGGCCGUGAUCCACGUUUCUCUGGCUGCCACCUUUGGGGACCUGAAAGACCACUCUCAGGCGGUGCGCCACUAUCAGGCGGAGCUGGCGCUGCGGCAGGGGAACCCCCUGGAGGAGGGGAAGACGUGGCUGAAUAUCGCUCUGGCCAAGGAGGAGGCCCAAGAGAGCUAUGACGCCCUGGAGCCCUGCUUCCAGAAUGCUCUGAGAAAGGCAGAGGAGGCUGGGAACCAGAGACUGCAGGGUCAGAUCCUGCACUCCUUCCACGCCUCGCAGCAGAGAUGUGGCCGCCCUGAGGCCUCCGCUACACUGGCCCAGCUGAAGGACCUCCAGCGCUCCUUGGGCCGUUCUUCGGAUGGGGAGACUGGAGAGGAAGAGGAGGAGCCGCAGAGCAGCGAGCCCUUGGAAGAGAGUGACCUGGAACUCUCCAGCAGUGAUGGAGAGGAUGACUUGGAGGGGUAUGGCAAGAGCGUCCCAGGCCGGCGGAACGUCAGCAAGUGGAAUCAGCGGAACGACAAAGGCGAGACGUUGCUGCAUCGAGCCUGCAUCGACGGUAACCUGCGGCGGGUCCAGUUCCUCUUGGAGAAGGCCCAUCCUGUCAGCCCUCGGGACUACUGCGGCUGGACCCCACUGCAUGAGGCCUGCAACCACGGGCACCUGGAGAUCGUUGGCUUGCUUUUGGACCACGGGGCGAACAUCGACGACCGCGGGGGGCCCGGCUGCGAGGGCAUCACCCCCCUGCACGACGCCCUCAACUGCGGCCACUUUGAUGUCGCGGAGCUCCUGAUCCGCAGAGGCGCCUCCGUUGCACUUCGUAAUGCCAAGGGCCUGAACCCGCUGGGCACUCUCCAAGAGUGGGUCCGUCUGUACAGUCGGGAUCUGGACCGGGAAACCCGCGAGCGCUGCAAGGCCAUGGAGCAGCUGCUGAGGAAGGCCGUGGCGAAUCCAGGCUCCAAACCUCAGACCCCACAAGGAGAGCCAGCGAGUCCUCUUUUUGAUUCGGAGGUCUCCGGCUCCCAGCCCUCCUGCUUUCCACGUCCUGCUGAGAAGCCGCGCAGUCCCCAGAGGGCCCCGAGGCAGAACGGCGAACUGGGCUUGGGCAAGGCCCGUCAGGGCCCGCGGGAGCCUGUGGAGGACUGCAUGAUUCCCCUGAGGCCUGUCAAGAAGAGGCCGUGGCUCCCGGGCCAGGACCCCCCCAGGGGCGAAGAGGGUGCUGACUCCUCGGCUGCCGCAGCGGAGUACCAGGCAGCCAUGCGGCAGGUGGGCAGUGCCCAGUCCCGUCGGCCACUGGCCCCCGAGACCACGAGGCCCUCCGACAGGUCAGCCCUGAUCCCCCCGGAGGAGUACGUGGGCGACGAUUGGCUGGAAGACGACGUGGGCCUGGGCCACGGGUCCCGCAAAAGAAGCCGCCCGAGUCGGGACAAGGACUUCAGGUCCAGCUCGGAGGAGUCCUCGGGGCCCGAGAGUGAAAGCGGGGGGCCCCACCUCACCUCGGAGGCCGCAAGGAAGAAGCGGCGGCGGCUCCGGCAGAGUCGCCUUGCCUGGGCUGAGGGCAGGACGCGAGGAGCUGGCCCGACAGGGAGCCCGGGGUCAGCGGGUGAUUCCAGUCCCCCCUGGGGGGCAGGGGGCAGCAGCCCAGCGGACAGCAGCACCAGGGGUUGUGAGAGCCCACCCCCAGGCUCGGCGCAGCUCCCUGUUCCCCCAGCCCCUGUCCGGGUGCGAGUUCGAGUGCACGAGAACAUCUUCCUUAUCCCCGUGCCCCAAAGCGGCAGCGAGAGCCGGCCCGUAUCCUGGCUGGCGGAUCAGGCCUCUCAGCGCUACUACCAGACGAGUGGGCUGCUGCCGCACCUCACCCUUAAGAAGGAGGGGGCCCUCUUGGCUCCCCAGGACCUCAUCGUGGACGUCUUGCAGAGCAACGAGGAGGUGCUGGCUGAGGUGCAGUCCUGGGACCUGCAGCCCCUUCCAGAGAGAUACUGCAAGGCCUGUCGGAGUUUGUCUGUGGGAGAACAUCCGCUGCUGCUGAAGAUGCUGGAGCACCAGGAGUCCAGCCCCUCGUUCAGUGCCUCGGGCAUCACCCUGCGCGGCCUCCACCUCGCCCCCCUCCUGAGGGCGCUCAAGAAACAGACCUCCAUCCAACGCCUCUGCCUCUCUGGAACCGCCCUGGGGGACGACUCCGCAGCAGAGCUGCUGGCCAGCAUCAGCACCAUGCCCAGCCUCAAGACCCUGGACCUCUCGGCCAACCAGCUGGGCCCCAAAGGGCUGGAUGAACUGGCACGGGGGCCCUCCGGCCCAGUCACCUUCCAGAACCUGGAAGAGCUGGACCUGAGCUUGAACCCGCUAGGAGAUGGCAGCACCCAGGCCCUGGCCUCCCUGCUCCAGGCCUGCCCCCUCCUGAGCAAGCUGCACCUGCGAGCCUGCGGCUUCACCCCAGCCUUCCUGCAGCACCACCGGCCCCUGGUGGCCAACGCCCUGAGAGGGGCCGUGCACUUGAGGUGGCUGGCUGUGUCCCACAACGCCCUGGACUCCCCGGGUCUUGACCUGCUCCUCCAGUGCCUACCUAGCGCUGCGCUUACCCACCUGGACGCUGGCUGUGUGGUUGCAUCAACAGGAAACCUGAAGCCACCGUGGGAUGUGAUGGUCAAGUACCUGGUGCAGGAGGGCUGUGCUGUUACCCACUUGACGUUUUCUGGGAAUCGCCUGACGGACGAGGCUGUUGCAGAGCUGGCCAGGGGCCUGCCCACUUGCCGUUCACUCGUCUCCCUGGAUUUGUCGGCCAACCCGGAUAUCAGCAUUGUGGGCCUCCGGACUCUCCUCACAGCCCUGGAAGAGCGGCAGAAGGGACUGCAGCUUCUCAGCUUGACCGGCUGCUCCGUAAAAGGCCCCUUGGACUUUGCCACCUGGAACAAACUCUCUGCCAAUGUCCGUCACCUGCAGCUCUGCACGCGCCACCUGAGCCCCAGCGAUCAGCUGGAUGUCGCAGAGCUGUGGCCGAGGCCACCGGGGGCUGUUCUCCGCACCGUCACCUGGCAGCACAAGCUCUUCUGCCAGUGCCUGGCGCCAGGCUCUCCCGCAACAGACUCAACAGCGCCCAGCGGCUCGCUCUGACCCUUUGCCAGGGAUGGGCUAUUCCUGCACUAGACGGAGCAGCCCCCUUCCUGGAUUGCCCUGCAGCAGAGAGGCCGGUGGACUGUGCUGGGCCUCCUUCUUUGGAGCAGACUGCAGGAGCAGAGGGGUGGACCUCAGGAGAAAGAUGAGGGAUUGCUGCUGGGCUCGGAAGAGCAAGGACUCAUGCAGGGCAACAACAGUCCACUCCCUCAAACCUUUGAUCUUGUGGGUAAGGAGAAGAAGGACGGCCAUUUUUCUGUGGCCCCUCCUCUUCCGCCAGUGCUCUUUUACAUGUGCUUUGUUUUUAUUCCUCGACUAUUUAUUGAAUAUCAUGUCUUCAAGAUCAGAA